CGAUUAAACCUAAGCUUCAAUUAAGUGGACAGAUUUUAGUGCAGAACAAUAACACCCUAUUCAGAUUUCGGUGCUCUGCAAACGAUUCACCACUGAAAUACCAUGCUGAGUUUCUCAUGGAUUCAAUGACUUUGAACACUUUAAGAGUUCACGAUAAAAAAUGUUACGACAGGUAUGGAAAAUGUACAAAAAUGCGAUGUAAAUGUGGCCUUGCAGAAAACACAUUCAUAUGGACCACCAAUCGUUCAGCUGAUGUCAAUUUUCAGGAAAAGAAUGCAGAAGUGAUAUGUUUAAUGAAGUUUAAGCUUUCAAAUGGACAUAUACUCGAUGCCUUUACAGGAGUAAUAUUCAACGGUAGUGACUUUGUUCCAUCACCAAAUAUUACACAAUAUGCUGAUAUCCGUAAAGGUACCCUUAAAGAAGGUGGAUUGAAAAUAUUGCCCAGUGGAGACGUAGAACUGAUACUGAAAGAAGAUAAUCAUACGGAAUCAGCGGUACCUUUCCUGCAGUAUGUAGCAAUCUUAGCAGUAUCCAUAAUCGUUGUGGUAUUGACGAUAUCACUAGCAAUUUACUACUUAGUGAGAAAAUGUGGAAAGUAUAAGAAGGAAGGCCAUGCCAGAUUCAAAAAAUAUUUAAAGGAACAUGUUGAACUUCACAUUAUACCAGGAUUUGAAGAAACCGGUAUUUGCAAUGAAUGUGGAGAUAGAACAAAUUUUGCCAUAUGUUAUGAACAUAAAAUUGUCCUUUGUAAAAAGCAUACAGGGACACAUGACAGCAUAUGUAAAGACACUAAAAAGGCUAAACAAAUUGAAAAACUUAAUAAAUGUUCCAUUUGUGAGGAAAAGAUUGCCACACUCGUUUGUAUGGAGUGUAGGAAAUUUGUCUGUGGUUCGUGCCGAGUUUGUGAUUGUUCAAACGCGAAAGGAAGUUACAGUCCAGAUGUAUUAAUCAAUAACCAAACAGUAACUACAUACACACAGGCUUCCACUAAUGAGGACAAAGUGUCAGAUACAGUUGUUAAUUCAUAAUAUAGGAAUAUUCUAGACAGAACGUCAAUUGUUGAUAACCAGUAAUGCUGCACAAAUUUGACGUUGACUUUAUGAAGAAUUUCUUCAAAUGAUUUCAUAAGCUGCUAUUGAUAUUUUUACCUAUUAUGUCUGUUUAUUUUGUUCACACAUCGUUGUCAAGAAUCUAAACCAAAUAAAAACACAUAAAACUGAAUUAAAAGUUAAACUCCUUAAUCAUUAUGAAAAAUCAUAUAAACAUAAAUUUGAGAAAAUAGAUAUUAGCAGUAAACUUCUAUUAUAUAAAACAUUAAAACAAAGUAAUAAAAAAGAAACAUAUCUUAUUCUGAUAUAUUUGAAAAUAGACGUAAUAUCACUAAAUUAAGAUUAAGUGAUCAUAAUUUAUUAAUAGAAAAAGGGAGACACCUAAAAAUCCCUAGGGAAAACCGGUUGUGUCAGUCCUGCAUUACAACUGAGAAUGAAAAACAUUUUCUUUUGUAUUGCAACAACAACAACAACAAAUACUUUACUAGAGUCUCACCUCUUUAAAACAUUUGAUAUAAAACACAAUAUGAUAUUAACAGAUCAAUUUAUAAAAGAGCCACUCUAAAAGGAGUUAUAAGAGACAUUUAUAUUACAUAUAUAACAUAUAUCAAUAUAUCUUAGCAUAAAACACAAUAAUAUUAAAAACAAUUAAACAAAAAACAAAAAACAUUCACUACUGUAACAACAGCCCAUGAAAAGGCCGUGAAAUGUCUGUGAAAUAUCACAGGGCCGUGAAAACCCCGUGAAAAUACUCCGUGACUUUUGUAAAAAAAAUAUUUCUAAAGGCCGUGAAAAAUAUUUGAUGUUAGAAAAAGGCCGUGAAAUUUCAAUAUCCCGUGAAAAGGCCGUGAUAACUUGUUCUUUCGUGCUUAAUAAAAAAUAUCACGGCCUUUUCACUGGUUGUUGAAACCAGUGAAAAGGCCGUGAUAUUUUUUCAUGUCAAUUUUUUCUUAUCCUAAUUCAGAUUUAAAACAUCCCAUGUGAUUAUUGUAAUAUGGUCUAAUCAUUUCCACUCACAUUUUUCUAAAUAUCAUAUAAACUUUUCAUUAUAAAUAUAUGUCUGUUUAAAUAUUAUUAUAUGCAAUACUACUGUACAGGACUGACUUUUAGAUUGAACCAUUCAUUGUUAUAAUUAAUGACUUUGUGCCAAUAAAUAUUUUGUAUUCAAAGAAAAUUAUUUUGCUUCUCGUCUGAACAUUAUUAUAAACAAUGUAAACAUUAAUUUUAAUUGGAACCGAAACAUGUAAAAACGAGAACUUCCCGGAAUAUCAGACCGUAUCCGGAUUCGUGUUUCUUUUAGAGUAAUUGUAACAUUUCCGCACUUAGGUUGGAAAUUUGAAAGACGCCGAAGGUCGAUUAAUAUUUACUUUAUAGAUGCAAGACGAGUGACAGCAAG